AGUGCACAUUCUUGGGAGGACUACGAUACCCACAAUGCCGCGCUACCAGCCAGCAACAAGGAAGUGUGACGGAGAUAGGGAAACGUCAACUUUUGUUGUCAUGUCGCACUCGUUCUCACAGCAUUUCACCAGCUACAAUCUGAAGGCAUGGCAGGAGAGAACCAGCAGCUCAACGAGUCCGUAGUUAUCCGCAGCCUGAGGCGGUUCAGAGACAGAUACUUUCCAAAUAGUCGGACAGUUUUCAAAGAUGACUCGAAGCCAGUUGAGGACGCGGGAGAAGAACCGCAACCGGGGUUUCUGGAUAGCUUACCGGUGGACAUACAGUUCCAGAUCAUGACCUUUCUGUCGCCUUCUGAUAUCUGCCGGCUGGGAGCCAGCAGUCAGUACUGGAGAGCCAUGGUCAGAGAUCCAUUGCUGUGGAGGUACUUCCUGCUCAGGGAUAUGCCACACUGGCCUUCCAUUGAUCAUCUGUCCAUGCCACAACUGGACGCACCACUCAUCAGUGAAGAUGAGACCGUGGACGAUAGAGAGGAGGGGGAAGACAAAGGGAUGGAAGCGAAGUUUGACUACAUGUCUGAAUACCUGAAAGGCUGCCCGUCCUGCAGACAGCGAUGGCUUCCUUCGCGCCCGGCGUAUGAGGUUGUGACCUCAUUUCUUCAGUCUCUGGUGCCCUCAUCUGAACCCCGUUAUGCCAUGUUUGGCCCUGGCAUGGAGCAGCUGGAUGUCUCUUUGGUCACGAGGCUCAUGCACGCCCCAGAUGUGCUUCCUGUGUCAGGCACUCCACACAGACAGAUAAAUGGUAUUGGCUCUGGGAUCAGUUACUUGUUCAACAACCAACACAGAUUUAAUAUCCUGACUCUGUACUCAACCAACAGGGCCGAGAGGGAAAGAGCCAGAGUGCAGCAGCAGAGCAUCGGUAAUAAGCUUUUUAUCUUAGUAGGAACCGAUGACUCAGGCCACCCGAUCUACAGUCCUGCUCCUCAGGUCCAGCAGGUGUGCCAGGUGGUGGAUGGUUUCAUCUAUGUCGCCAAUGCCGAGCCUGGUAAAGUAGGGGAGGGGGAGUCCGAGGUGGCUCAGAUUCGAGCUGUGCUGAACUCAGCCGGGGGUUCAGCACCCAGGCCUCUCCUGGUGCUCUCCUGUGUCUCCAGAGAAGAGUCAGAGGCAACUACCCUGCAAGCUGCUCCCAGGAGGAACAGGGCGAGGUGUCGAACUCCCUGUGUCGACAUGGCAAAGAGACUCGGCCUACCCCAACUGGCGAACCCCUGGAUGGUGCAGGACACGGUAGCAGAAUCCCUGUCAGGUCUUCUGGAUGGGAUCUCCUGGUUGUUGAGAUGUUCUGGAGUCAAACUCUAAGGUAGUAUGUAGCCCAGCCUCUGCUGCCAGAUGAAUUAAAACCACAGAUAUUAUUGCUGCAUUACGCUGAGAACAAGACACACUACGGCAUUUCCUGAGUGAUGUAAUCUGAACACAUGUGCACUGAAUGUCUCAGGAUAGAAGUGCUUCCAAUGGAGUUUAAUGAAGUGGAUGAGCAGCAGGGGAACUGACAGAGACCCCGUUUUUAUCUACAAAGAGUCAUACGAAGAAACUAUCUUAGGAUAGAAUGUUAAGUGUAUGUGUUGAUAUAUUAUACGCUGGUAUAAGUUAAUUUAUGAGCCAAAUCACACAAGUUUACAAUUUAUGACCUGCUAAUUAAUCAGGUGGGCCACAUUGUAUGUCAUUUUAUGUCUUUUCUUUUGUUGUAUUAAGUGUUCGGUGUGGCAAUAUGUAAACAGAUGACAAACAACUUUAAAAUGUGUUUCUGUUUUUUGUUUUGUUUUUUCCGUGCAUUUUCUUUUUUAAACUUCAAACAAUUUAUUGUAAAGAAUGAAAAAAUCUUGCCUUUUGAUAAAUGUUGCACAAUCACUUUGCUCUUUGGAUUCAGAACUGCAGAUGUUUCUUGUGGUGAAUGAGUCACUGUUGCUCACCAUUAAACGCCUGUUAGAUAACUGGCAAAUUGCUGUCGAGUAAUUACAGUGGUAAAACUAU